AUGAAGAGUGCAUUGGACCUCCGCAUUCUAGGGGUCUGUUGCGGAAGUGGGUUAAACCAGCUUGACUUCGCGCUGGUCCGGUAUCUGCAAGCCUCCCCUAGUGCUACGCUGUAUCUAGAACUCAUCCAAUGCGGUUCGCUACCUACCUCACCUCCUGUUCGAAACCACAUCCUCACUUCCAUCCGCGAAGUUGAGCGCAACUCCUCACUAGCGACACGCCUCAACGCGCUGCUCGGUUACUUGUUCUCCAAUGGCAUUACCACUUUCUGUGAGAAGCAUUGCAUACCACUCGCAUCCAUAAACCUGGUCGGCACACACACAUCGGGCUUGAGGCGACCUGACAUGCCUGAAACAAACGACCUGAGCACGCACCCGCUGGGAUGGAACGCCAAUAUAAACAUUGAGAUUGGUGUCAACACUGUCUUCGACUUUGCUGUCAUUGAAGCUGGGUCUUUGAGACCUCAAGUUUCCCCCGUCGCCUACAUUGAUCAACUCUUCUUGAGACACUCUUCCAAGUUUCGAGCUUGUGUGAACAUUGGCGAGCUUGCGAAUUGUAGCUUCAUUCCUCCUCGGUCGAAGGGAGAUGCUCGAGGGACAAAUUGUCGCGACUGCGGGCCUGGAAGCGUGUUCAUUGACUACGCCAUGAAGUACUGCACUUCAAACGAUCGGAACAAUGACAACGACGGGGAGUAUGCAGCGCCGGGGAAGCCCAAUCAAGCUAUCGUCACACGGUUCCUCCAGACGCACGAUUACUCUCGCGUCUUGCCUUCUUUAAGCAUAGCCCGGGAUAUGUUUGGUGAACAUGAAGCCCAACGAGUCGUUGAUGAGUGCAUCUUCAUGAAACUCUCUGAAGCAGACAUAAUCGCUACCGUUACCCGUAUAACGGCCGAGAAUAUCUUGAAGCAGUAUCGCAGGCUCCUCGCGCUCCGCUUUCCUGCCGGCCAGGACGUCGACGAACUCUUCAUCAGCGGCCCGAGUGCGCGCAACGCGAACAUCAUAGACUACCUCGAAGCGGAGCUCCCCGAGAGCGUGAUCACAAAGCCAUUCGACGAUAUAGGCAUACCAGGCGAUGCGAACGAGGCCUUCUACGGAAUUAUCGCGGCCUUGGAGUCAGUCGGGUCAUGA